AAAUUGGAGUCCUCCACACCACCAUAGUAUAUGCAAGAUGGCAGCCCCCAUGGCAGGAACUACAAUGUUCGCAAAGCUGUUGCAGCAACGUGUUCUGCAACUGUCCACCCGCCUCCAACUCUGCAACCGUCAGCUCUUGCAGCAACCAUGCCCCUCCGUCCAGAGGAGGAUGCAAGCCACAUGUAGCCACCACAUGUGGCAGCAAUCACCACAUCACCAUCAGGGUCUGUUGCAAACCACAAUCAGCAGCAACUUGUCAUCCUGUAACUUCCACUCUUUGGUCAGCAUUAGACGACUGCAACAAGACACCACAGCUACAACAUCGGCAACAGGAGCAAGUUCUCCCAUUCCUGACCCUUCUUCUGGAGGACACUCGCUUGAGGAUGCGGCAAUUGCUGAAGAAACAGCGGAGGGCAACGAGACCCUUUUUGAAGAUGAACAUGGAAGGUAUGUAUCAAAAGUUUUAAUAUAUAUGUUCUCUCUCUUGUAGCUCUUGACUUUGUAACUUUGCUUUGCCCUUGCGCGUCUCCUCCAUCAACAGGUGAUAUGGGAGCUGCAGAAGAAUUCGAGGGCAAUCGGGCAUUUGUAAAUUAACAAUGAAAGUAUGUAGUAGUAGUAGUGGUCGUUAUUUUACCUGACUGCUA